AUGAGCGCGCACAAGGAGGCAGCGAAACAGCGUAAACGUAAAUCAUUGAAGAUGGCAUUGGAGAAGUGCAUGCAGCGUCGGGAUGCGGAGGCAGCCGCAGCGGUCGCUGGCAGCACGAGCAGCACAGGCAGCGAGGUUGGUGGCAUAGCAGGGAGUGGGUCGGUGAUCGCGAGCACCACACUGGCUUUAAGGCAGCAGGCGACAUUUGAAGACCAGCAGCAGAAACUCCACCAGGAGGUGGCACUACAGAUCAAGGCGGCAAUGGCGGCAGAGCAAGAACAACUGCAGAGCCAUGAGGGCAAGAGUGCUGGUGAUGGCGACACCAGCAUCAACGUGGCCGAGUCUUCGGCCAUGGACAUAACAGGUAGCGAUGUAGAGGUCAACGAGGUUAGUUCUUUGGUAGAACCACAAACAACUCGGCAGCAUGACCCGCAUGCUGUGGAGUUGCCAACCACGUCCGUCAAGAGUGAAGACGUCGAUUUGUGCGAGUCGAAGCCGGCAAAGAUGCGAAAAAUUGAGGUCGAUGAGCCACGGCCGAUUCCCGCUUCGCCGGUACCGGCAUCAGCAACAGAAUCGGCAACAAAUCAGACAAACGUCGAAUCGGAUGUUGAGCCCGAGCUGGUCGUAGUUGAGCCAAAGAUUGAGCCACUAUCGGACAGCGAGGACAAUUCUGAAGAGAUACCACGAACGCCCACACCGCCCGCCACUCCCACAAUGCCAGCCAACGAAAGCCCCACUCUGACCUCAACGCCAAAGGCCAUUGUGGACUAAACUGAAGACGGAGUAGAUUAUGAAGUAACAAAGAUAGAUGCUGCAAAUUAGAUUAAGUGAUGAAAAUAAUGCCACAAGAAGGAACGCUGCUAGAAGAUUGAAGAUGAAGAUGAUAUAAUUGAAGAUGAUGAAGAGAUGAUGAUUGAUGAUACGUUUACGCGCGCGCUUAUUUCACUCGGAUGGAGAGUGAAUGAUAUUGAAGAUGAUGAUGACUACUGUUGCAACUGUUGUUGCCCUCGGAGACCACCAAGCCCUUUAAAAGGGUGUAGCAGAUCGACCAGAUCUGCAAUCAAUGCUCAGGCAUUGCACUAUUAAUACGGAAAAAUUUAUUAUUAAUAAUGAUGUAAAUGAAUGACAAACCCACACAGAUACCAGAUACAUGUUAUAGAGACAGAUGGCAGAAUGCAGUAUUCGAGAUCAGCUUUUUGCGAAAUUAUUUCAACAGAUUGAAUUUGAUUUAUGAAAGAGAACAUAAAACAUAAUUAUAAACACGCACGCGCACACACACACACAAACAAUUAUUAACGUUAAUCCGGCUGAAAAAUCGUUUUCAGGGUGCUAAUUAAACAAACAAACAAACAAAGAUACAAAUAAUCAAACAAAUGAACAAUUAAAAUAAAGAAAUGAAAAUGAAAACAAAAAGUAAUGAGAAAAUUCGCCAACCGUCAAUGCAAAA